AUGAAGAAUGCAGAUCACUUCGUGCUGAAAAGAGAAUUCGUGGAGUUCAUGUUUAACGACGAGAGGGCUAUCAAGGUGACAGAAGCGCUGCGACAGUUCGCAUAUAAGAAUCACCCUCCUGAGCAGUUGUACGGAACCCUCGCCUACAAUGCACACUUGGGAGCCCCUGGCGCCUGUCGGAAUCUCUACGAGUUCGGUGAUGAGAACGUGGAUGUACUUCGCCUUCCGGAAAUAGUCCGUUAUAAGCUCUGGAGGCCAACCCCAUGUCCUACGAAGUACGUCCGUGAUAUUUGCAUUCUCGGAUCUCAACAUUUACCGGAAUUGAUCAACUCCCACAGGCUAAUUGCCAACAAGUUUCAUGAGGACUAUUUUCCCGAAGGAUAUGACUGUCUUGAGUACGCAAUUGCUGAUCGCGCCUACAAGGGUCCAGCAGCCGGCUUCGAUCCUUCCGUUUUCGCGAACCUCUACUGCUCUUCUGACCAUAUAUAA